AUGCAGUCUAACACAGCAGAGCAGAAACAGACAGAAUCCAACUGCAAUUCCAGUCCUUAUUUACCCUCUGAUGAGCAUGCGAGCAAUACUAAUGAUCUGGAGAAAAAUCACUAUCAUACUGGACUCCUGAGACGUACCACUCAGCUGCUUUCUCGGUAUGGAAUUGAAACGCACGGCAUCGCGCCGGUCCCAGCAGAGGCACGUCUCGAGACUCGGUGGUACCAAAUGUUUUUCGUUUGGUUCUCGUCUAACAUGAAUAUCUUAGGAUUCAGCACCGGCACUGCUGGACCUGCAUUUUUCUCCCUAGGCAUUCGCCAAUCUAUAUCAAUCAUCGUUAUUGUGAACAUGAUCGUUCUUGUGGGUGUUACUAUUCUUCUCUGGGCGUUCCUGGAGACUUCACAGUGUGCUAGUGCCGUUUUCGGGCCAAAGCUCGGCGUGCGUGCGAUGGUCCAAGCGAGGUUCUCGUGGGGAUAUUUUGGUGCUAUCAUACCGGCCGUCUUGAAUGUUCUCUCCUUGGAAGGCUUCCUUAUCUUGAACUGCAUCAUCGGUGGCCAAACGAUAGCUAGCUUUUCCUCUCAACUCGAUGAUAAUCUUGGAAUUGUCAUCAUUGGCAUCAUAUCUCUAGUGGUCACUUUUUGUGGAUACCGUGUUAUCCAUUGGUACGAAAGUAUUGCCUGGAUCCCGAAUGUGAUUGCUUUCAUCACCAUGGUAUCUGUCGGUUAUCCACAACUACGUGAAAACCUAUCGGUUCCCGUUCCUCCAGCAACACCUGCUAACGUCAUCUCUUUUGCGUCCUUUCUCGCAUCUGACAUUGUCACCUGGUGUACCAUGAUCCCUGACUAUGGCGUAUACCAUAGCCCUGAUACUUCUUCUGCGAGAAUUUUUAUUUACACAUACCUCGGAUUUUUCGUGUCUAAUGUGACUAGUCAGGCUCUGGGUGCUGCAUUCGCAGCCGCAGCUCCCAACGUGCCUGCUUGGAAUGCCGGAUUUAACAACAGCUCUUCCGCUGGUGGCUUGUUAUACAGCGUGCUGCUGCCUACUGGCGUUUUCGGAAAAAUCCUAAUUGCUUUGGUGGCUCUCAGCAUCCCCAGUGCCUGUGCACCAACAAUGUAUACGUUCAGCACUAGUUUCAUGGCUGUCGCUACGUGGUUUGCUGCGGUGCCUAGAUGGGUGUAUAUCCUCGUCUCAGAGGGAAUUCUGAUACCGUUGGCCAUCAUUGGUGCCAAAAGUUUCUAUGCGACUUUUGUGGAAAUACUCGACAUCGUUGGAUACUGGUCAUCAGCAUUUGCUGCGAUCAUCCUUACAGAGCAUGUGUUAUUCCGACGAGCCUCGUUUUCUGAGGAUCAAUAUCCCAUCACGACUUGGGCUUCGUAUAAUCUCUUGCCUAGCGGUAUCCCAGCAGUCGUGGCCUUCGUAUGUGCCUGUGGAGCUCUUAUUCCGUUCAUGUCACAAGCUUGGUAUGUAGGACCAGUGGCGAGGCAGGGCAGUGGAGACCUUGGUGUGUUCGUAGCGUUUGUGGUCGGAGCGAUCGCUUAUGCGUUGGCGAGGGGUUUCGAGAAUAGGUGGUACAAGAAAAUCAGCAAGUCAGAUACUUUGAGUACUACCUACUAGUACGACCUGUACAUGAGUCCUGUGACAUUGAAGACAAGUCGAGUUUUGAUUAUC